AGAGCACACUCAUAUUGCUGAAAACAAAUAUGAAAUUCUUGUUUUUCUUUUUCCUCCUGGGAGCUUGUUUCUUAGCGCUAACGAACGGAAGCGAUCCUGUCUGGACCGUUACCUGUUGCAACAAAUGCCAUCCAAGAAGCAAAUAUUUGGGCUUUCUCAGCCGCACGAGCGGCGAGUCCAUUAUCUUAUUGAUGCUAAAGUGCAAAAAUUACACAAGGAUAUGCCGAGAGGUUCUUUGAAAACCCAGACGUUUGCAUUGGAAAAACACAACUGCUAGAUGGAUGAAACAACAAGCAUUCUUCUCCUCAUUGCCUGUUUCUUCUUGCGAUAAGAUGAAAUAAAGCAUUGCGAAGCA